GCUACAUAAUGGCAUCUACAGCAUUUAUUCAAACGUUUCUAUACUGUUUCUUUGGUGAAUUCAUCACGAUCAAAAUGGAAAGACUAACGACAGUGCUGUACUCAACUAAUUGGUACGAUAUGAAUUUGAAGGACCGAAAGUCCUUUAUGAUUAUCCUGGGAGUAACUCAAAAGGCCUACGGAAUGAAAGCCGGCGGAAUGUACAAUGUUAAUAUCUACACAUUUGUUCAGAUUCUAAAGAUAGCCUUAUCCUGGUCUACUCUCAUUCUCACGCUGUACGCAUACGAGUAAAAUAUGGAUGAAAGAUACGUACGUCGUUGUGCAUUCAGAUUACUAAGCCGUCAUCACUAAUAAAACUCGGUCGGCCUGGUAGCAGAAUUUUUUCUCCGCUUUCUCGAUAGGGGUAGUGGGGCAUCUUUGAAAUGGGGUACCUUUGAGUAGCUUUGAAAUUGGGAUUUUUUUUUUCUAUUUCCAAAACUAGUUGGUUUACCGAGCUGAGUUGUGUCAUGGUAAAGUUCAUUUCUAUUUAAAAACCAUUUAUAAAGAUGCCCCUCUACCCCCUGUAUCAAAAUAAAGAGAAUUAUUUAAUGUUAUUUAAAGCCUUUUAAUGCUCAAUAUCUUCUAGUGAGAUGCAGGAAGGGUACAUUUUUCCCAAACCGAAUUGUCUA